UAAUCGAAACCCCCUUUCUCGGCAUUAACCCUGUCGAUCCAGCAACGCCUUCCAAAGCAGCAAAGCUUGAGUCACUGCUCAGCCCUACCCUGCCCUACCUAUCUUGCCUGGCGCCUAUGUCAUUUGACCCAUUAAAUUCUUCAUAUCUCAAAUCCAGAUCUUUCCGUUUUACCUAAGCUCAGCUUCCUCCAUCUUUUGCCAUGUCUUGGAUCAUAUAAUGACAAAUUCCGUAUAAGAAAUUGCGGAUAUAGCUUCAAUUCCCCCAAUGGGGUUAGGAUCUACAAUAUAUUAGCUGCUGGAUAACCAACAACAUCUCGGAGUUAUGGACCCGCCGCAGCCAUCAGCCAACGUGGCGUCUCGGCCAUCUCAGCAUCAGCACCAACCGAAACCUCUCAGUUGUACCAAUUGCCGAGCCCGGAAGUUGAAAUGUAGCCGUGAGUAUCCGUGUUCACAUUGUCAACGCUCCGGGGCCGAGUGUAUCUUCCCUACCCGGAAACGUAUCCGGAAACCCCGCAAAAACAAGAACUCUGAACUUCUACAACGUCUUAGUCGACUAGAGUCUAUAGUGGGAAAUGUCGGGCUCUCUGCUCUAUCCGGAGAAGAUGUGGCGGCAUCAGCCCCAAGUCCUUCUACGAGUCAAACUACGGCUCCUCCUAUCUCGGAAGGUCCCUUAAUCACCAGGGAUGAUAAGCAGGAUGACUGGCGGCAUGCUCCCUUGACCAGUAAAACCUCUCAGUAUCUUAGUGGGGAGUUCUGGUCUAGUCUCAGCACUGAGGUUGAAGGGCUGAAGCAAGCUCUAGAACAGUCAACAGACUCGGACGAUGAAGAUCAAAUGUUGCAGGAGGCCACGCCGGAUUCGGCAAACGACGGUAGCAGUUCAGCAUCGGCCUUGUCUCCGGGGAUGCUGCUCGGGAGCUCGUUCCGUACCUCCUAUGAGGCCGUCGAACAUCCGUCUUCAGACCACAUUCGUUUUCUUACAACUAUAUUCUUCAAUAACGUCGACAUGAUCAUUAAGAUCCUCCACCGGCCAACGAUAGAAGGGGCACUCUUCGCCUUCGCCAACGCUCCCGAAUCCAAACGUCCGCAGCUCACCCCAGAAACUGAAGUCCUUUUCUUUUCAAUUUACCACGCGGCCGUGGCUAGCCUUCCCCCCUCCACUUGCCUCACACAUCUCGGCCGGCGGCGAGAGGACUUAAUACGUGUUUUCGCCAGCGGUGUUGAGCAUCUUCUUGGCCGCGCCGACUACCUCAACAAUACCAGCCUCGAGACGCUACAAGCACUGACGCUCUACGUGGCCUGUGUGCGUAGUACAGUCGGCUCGCGAGCCGCAUGGGCUCUUCUCAGCUUGCCUAUCCGACUCGCGCAAGGCUUAAAUAUACAUCGCGAGGCCAGUAUUGCCUACCUGCCACCUUACGAGGCUGAGCUGCGAAGGCGGCUCUGGUGGCAGCUCAUCGUACUUGAUAUCCGCGGGGCGGAGGAUAGGGGCACAACAACGAUACUUGCACGCGAUAGCUAUGAUACGAAGUUGCCACAUAACAUCAACGACGCGGAUUUUGGACCUGGGACUAGGAACAAUCUAACCGAGAAACAAGGGCCAACAGAUAUGACGUUCAGCAUGUGCACGGCGCAGUGCUCGAACUUGUUCUUACAGGUUGAACACGCGCAUAGCGCACUGGGGAUAUCUCACGAUGGUGAGGGUAGCAGUAAGAGCAACAGCGCAAAUACCAGCAGUUCAGCCUCCCAAUCCGUAGAGGAAAUAGUCCGACAAGCACAAACGCUAGAAUCUCAAUUCGUCGCCGGCGCGGACCCUAACCUCGCCCCUUCAUACCUAGCCUCUGUUACCGUCCGUCUGAUAAUCCUCAAGCUAUGGCUCAUAAUGCAGUACCCAGUGCACCCUCGCCGCAAACCUCAACUACACCCAAGCAUUACUUCCACUUCCGGACCAUCAGCCAAACCUAGCAUAUUCCCCCACGAAGCCACGCUGCGCACCGCCUUAUCCAUCAUGGAAUUAAACGAGUACCUGCAAACAGGGCCAUACGGCGAGCGCUUCCAAUGGUGGGCGAACACUUAUGUGCAGUGGCAUCCACUCGCCGUAGUCCUCGCAGAGCUAUGCACACAGACGCGCGGCGAGCUCGUAGACCGGGCAUGGCGCACCGUAGAGGACGUGUUCCCACGCUGGAGCGAAGUCAUCGCCGACACCAAGCGCGGGACACUCUGGCGACCCAUACGCAAAUUGUACAAGAAAGCCAAGGCGGCCAGGAUUGCCGCUGUUGGCGCCACCACUGCCGCUACAACAAGUGUCGCUGUACCGAGAGCUACAGCUACAACCACGACACCCACAAACACUGCCACGAAUUCCACUACUCCAGCCCCCGCUGCGGCAACCCGUAUAACCACAAUAGUCCUCAAAGACGGAGUCAUAGACGUCGGCACGAUCAACAUGCCGACCAAAACCCCCGAAUCCCGAAAUCCCACUCCCAAUUCCACUCAACCCUUACCAAGCACAGAUAGAGAAGACAUCACCAUGACAGAGCCCGAAAGUGCUUUCGGGGCCGAGAUCCGCAAUGCACGGGAGCCCAGCAUCCCGGCGGAUCUGACCUCACUCAGCAUGUCUCCGUUCGCGUUCAAUGAGUCGAUGCUAGGGUGGAGGGAUCUCAGUUUCGAGGUGCCCUUUCUGGAUUUAGGCGGCGGUUCUGAUACGAUGGAUUGGAGUACCUGGAAUGAUUUUGUGAACGAGACCCGGGUUGACGCUGACGACCAGUCGAAGUCGGGAUCGAGCGAUAUGGGUUACUAUUAGAUAGAUAUAGACAUUGGGUCACGCAAGAUACCACUCUGACACUUGUGCAAUACACUGUACGACAUGUAAAAUAAAACAAAAAUCCUGACUUA